AUGUCGCUCUCUACUUCGAUCACUCUAGCAAGCUUCUACAUCUCAUGUCAUGCCUUUCCAUCGGCCUUAAGUCAACGUUCGACUACUCCAACACUAGCUUCCGCUGAAGUCAUAGGCACAGUCUCCGACCCAACAUGGAAUCGCGACAGCUGCACGUCUAUUGGUGUUUUCGGCCGCGAAUUAUGGACCUGCCGUGAUAGCCAGAGCUCUUCUGCCUUCCUCUCGUCAUCGGCUUCCUGGACGGACUUCAACUCUUCUGCCUUACCGGCGAUCGACAGCGAUGGCGUACUCAAUAUGUAUGGAGACAACAGCGACUCUGUUGCUUACUUCCCUGUGCAGGCUGAUGAAUGUGGACCAUCCCCAGCCGGUGGUUGCGCCGAUGGCACCAGGUAUGCGAUCUGGCAGAACUCAAGACCAAUGAUUGCUGGCUCAGGCUCCAGCUCCAGCGCAGCACUCUACUCCUGGAUUACAAGAUCUCACAUUGCCAGUGAUCUCAGCAAUCUUGACCCAACGCCUGCGACGAGUCUCUAUCGCUCCGACUACGCCAUGGGCUUGGCCUCGUCUCAACUACCACCGGUCACACUUGACAGCAUUCCCUAUGGCACAUAUGGCUGGGUUCAGGACAGUGGACACAGUUAUCUCUAUGCUCAGAUGAGUAACAACGCUAUUGCCCUGGCCAGAGUUCCGACAGCUGCUGUGGAAGACGUCUCGCAGUAUCGGUAUUACACAUCCACAGGCUGGACAAACACCCCUCCAAUUGAUGGCGCGAGCGAAGCCGUCGUCCCUAAUGCUGGCACGGGCGGUCAAGGCACGUUUUACUACAGCCAGUAUUUUGGCGCCUACGUCUGGAUUGGCAUUGGCGCUAUCGGCUGCAAUGCAAAUUUCUAUGUAACUACUGCUCCGGCUCCGGAAGGUCCAUGGUCAACACCUGCCCUGUUCUAUGCGGGCGAGAACGGCUCGAACGAGUGUGGAGCGUACAGUCAACAAGCUCAUCCCGAGUUGACAAAUAAUGACGGCCAGGGCAACUACAUUUACGUCACUUACACCAAGGUCGAUGGCGCGAAUGUUGGGUACAGGACGCCUUUGAUCAAGAUCACUUGGGCUUAA